UGCAUCUGCCCCACACAAUCUACGAAAUGUUCAGAGUCAUCUUUCUCUCUUUGACGCGUCUCUGCUUCGACUGAUUGCGUUGAUUCUUUUGAUCAAUUGAGCCUUCAGCUGAUCACCAGAUCUCCUCCAUCUGCCUCACUAUUCACUCCAGACUCAACUUACGUGGACGCCUCGACAAUCGCGACAUCGAGCUUGUACUCCCCCGCUAUCUGCUUCGCCCAAUUACGUCCACACGUGGUCCAACCAGCUGCCACGAAUAGCAGGUCGCUUAGAGUCACCGCAUCGCGACCAGGGCGACAGCGGCACUUGGACAGUCAUAUCAAUUGCCACCUAGUGUUUGAACUGCUGUUGUACCCUCCCACGGCAGGCCACUCAAUUGAAGGGCAUAACAAUCUGCAGGCGUUCAGCAGCAGCUAGUGUAUAGUAGGCUUGUCCUACAAUUCACCUUCAUAUACCCUAAAAUGCAGUCUCAAAUGGACUCGAUCCACUCUUCUCUGAACGAGCGCUUGCUCUUCGCCGUACCCAAGAAGGGCCGUCUCAAUGAAGCCUCCCUUGAGCUCCUGAAGGGCUCCGAUAUACAGUUUCACCGCCACUCAAGGCUCGACAUUGCGCUCGUCAAGAACCUUCCGAUUGCGCUCGUCUUUCUCCCUGCGGCAGAUAUCCCUACAUUCGUUGGCGAGGGUCGUGUAGACCUUGGCAUUACAGGGCGGGACCAGGUCGCAGAACACGCUGCGUCAGAGCCCCCGACGCCGACAACUGGUGUCGAAGAGGUGCUGGAUCUCGAGUUCGGGAGGUGUAAACUUCAAGUCCAGGUCCCGAAGAAUGGACCGUUCCAGACGGUGGAGUCGCUGGUUGGGCGCAAUGUAGUCACAAGUUUCACAAAUCUUGCCGAAGAAUUCUUUGCUCGGAUAGAAGCUCAGAUAGACGCAAAAGAGCAGGGAACAGCCGUAGCGGACACGACCAAAACUAGCGAGGCAAGGAAGUUGAGGACACACAUCAAGUACGUUGGCGGCAGCGUCGAAGCUGCGUGUGCCUUGGGUGUGGCAGACGGUAUUGUCGAUCUCGUUGAAUCCGGCGAAACGAUGCGCGCAGCUGGCCUCCAUGAAAUCGCCACCGUCAAAGAAACUACUGCAAUCCUCGUCAAGUCCAAACAACCCGCACACCCCGAGCUCAUCGAGCGGAUCGUCAAGCGCAUCGAAGGCGUGAUAACCGCCCAAAAGUACGUCCUCUGCACAUAUAACAUCCCCCGCCGCGACCUCGCCAUCGCCAAGCGCAUCACACCCGGCAAGCGCUCGCCCACCGUCACCUCGCUCGAGCCCGUCGACGGCGAGGACUGGGUCGCGAUCCAAGCCAUGGUGCUGCGCAGCAAGAUUGCUGUCGUCAUGGACGAUCUUGCAGCCAAGGGCGCGGUCGAUAUUAUAAUCACCAAGAUUGACAACACGCGCGCCACGACGCACGAUCCGAAUGGCCGCUCGGGAUCCAUCUCGAGCCCGACGGCGCCGUUUGCGGAGGCUCAGGGCUCGAGUGUGUUUGCUGCGGUCGGCGGGGUUGUGAAUGGCGGCCAGGAGUAGGAGGUUUAUGUUUGGAGGGCGGGGUUCGGAGGUAGCAUGUAGAUUAUACACAACACACAACGAGAAAUAAGGUUUGGAUACACGGUCAUGUAGGAGAUUAGAUAGAUUGAAUCGUACCUCUCUGUCUGUCUGUCAUCCAGAAAGUUUCGUUCAGCAGUCAAAGGGAGCUAUACACACAUAUACACGUAAAGAAUAGAUUCAUGACAGCC